UUCCGGAACUAUCAGAAGUAUCUUCGGAAGUCUGCGGGCUAUCGCCAAACCUUCAGACAUAAGUCGGGAUCGUGGUUCGGAAACCGCGAGAUAGCCAACUUACAUUAGACAUCAUCUGUCGGCCACAGUCCGUGUCUGCAGUGGACAGUGGUGACAUCUUGGAACUGGACUGUCCAAAUCAUGGCUGGACAGAAGAAAGUUCUCCAGCAGCUUCUAGCUGCUCUGGCUGUUGCUUGUAUCGUCGACCACACUGGAGGUAGUGCAAGUUACCGCACUCAGGACGCCAGUGAGGGUCAGGCUGGUUAUGUCCAGGCUCAGGGUGCUGGCGAAACACACGGUAUGGGUCAGAAGUCACACGCCAGUGAGAGUCAACAAUCACACUCUGGUAUGGAGUCCCGGUCCCAGGGGCUGAAGCAGUCCAGUCAAUCCUACAGUUCUUCAUACAGCAGCGGAAGAAGUUCCAGCAGCCAAUCCUACAGUUCAUCUAGCAAGCAAACACAUGGUGAUGCCAUGAGGAAAUCCAGUUCCGCCUUGGAAGGCCAAGGUCAGCCAGACCGCGGUGAAGGUCAAGGGGGUUUAAGAGGUCUAUCCAGCGCUUCUGGAGCCGGGCAAUACAGCUCAAGGGGUCAUGGGAGUUCCAGCAGACAGUCGCAUAGUUAUAGUGGUCAAACUCAAGGCGGUUCUACGGGAAACUCCUCAAGCUCAGGGGGUCAGAGUAGUUCCAGAAGACAAUCGUAUAGCAAUGGAGGUCAAACUCAAGCCGGUUCUAUGGGCAAAUCCUACAGUUAUGGAGAUCAAGUUGAAGGAGGUACCAUGGGAAAAUCAUAUCGCUCUGGCGGCCAAAUUCAAGGCGGUACCAGAAAUCCAUCGAUGGGCAAUCGGGCUCCACUGGGAAGUCAUACGGCUCUGGGAUCACAGUUGAGCGUCAGGUUCAUGGAGGUUCCCGUGCUGGGUCACAACUGGUCAAAAAGAGCGAUGGACAGUCUUUGUUAUUUAAGUUGGAGUAUACAGACGAGCAGAGAAUUCAGCAUCUCAACAGCCAGCGUGAAGCAGCCAGGAGAACUGGAGGAGGGUACAGUGUAGGGACUGGGGGCACACUGGAAGAGGCUAGACGGCAGGUGGAGGAAGAGAGAAGAAGAAAGGCAGAGGAAGAGAGGAGACAAGCUGAGGAGGACAGGAGGAGACAAGAUGGGCAAGAGAACAGACAAACUGAGGAAGAGAGGAGGAGACAGGUUGAAGAAGAAAGAAGACAGGUAGAGGAAGAGCGGCGAAGACAGGUUGAGGAAGAGAGGCGUAGACAGGUUGAGGAAGAGAGGAGGAGGCUUGUAGAAGAGCGGAGAAUGGAAAGAGAGAAGGAAGAAAGAAUGCGCGUGGAAGAGGAGAGAAGGAGAGAGGAAGCUAGGGUGCAAGCUAGGCGACAACAGGUCGACCGCCGAGACGGUGACGAGUCUGAGGCGGAAGAGAGACGUCUCAUACAAGAGAGACAAAGAGCUGAGGAACAGAGGAGGAUUGCUGACCGUCAGGAACAGGAGAGGAUCGAGGAGGAAAGAGCUCAGAGGCAGAGAGAACUCGAGAUGCGACGGGUGUCAGGUGAACCAGGCCGUCAAACCAACGUGACUCGAAGGCCAAGGCCAAGGCCAACGCCUGUCGCGAGAUCAUCUGGUGCACGACGUGAUAGUUUAGUCAGAAGUCGUUGCACUGAUUGUCAGGUUGGGAACGAGACGUUCCGAGGUCACUCCAGGUUUGAAUACACGGAGAACUGCCAGAAGUACCGAUGUAUCUGCCACUGCGACGGCUCCCACGACUGUCCGGCUCACUACACCGUCAACGUCUGUGACCAGGGUGAAGACAAGGAGCGGCGGCGUGAAUCAACCUGCAAGACUUGUGACGCCAAGGGAAAGAUCGUCAAGGGCAACAACUACUUUGAUCUUCAAGAUGGCUGCAUCCUCCAUAAAAACUGUAAGUGCUUCUGCGAUGGGAGGUGGGAGUGUUCCGCCAACAGGACUGAGAACACCUGCGUCAAGAAAGUCGGAGAAGGCAGUUGCGGAGAGUGUGAGGUUUAUGGUAGCUUCCAUCCAGGCAACUCCAGGUUUAAGUAUGAGGAAGGGUGUUUUGAGUAUAACUGUGACUGCAGCUGCAAUGGGUCUUGGUCCUGUCCACCUGACAGAACAAGAGACAUCUGUCAGAAGGGAUGUGGAGAGUGUGAAAUACGAGGCGAAUUCUUCGAAGGCAACACCUACUUCAACCACGAAAAAGGAUGCCUUGAGUACACCUGCUUCUGUCAUUGUAACGGAUCAUGGAACUGCUCUGGAGAUAGAAUAAAGAAUAUCUGUAAGCCGACUGAACAGCCUGACAAAUGUAGUCAGUGCCAAGUAUCAGAGACAAAUUCUUAUCCUGGCAAUUCCACUUUCCAGUUAAGGAAGAAGUGCAUCAGCUACGAGUGUUCAUGUAAGUGUGAUGGAAGCUGGGAUUGCCCUGGAGUGCUAGCAAGGAACAUCUGCAGGGGGGAAAGACCAGGAGGGUGCAAGAGCUGCCAGGUGUCUGAUGAAGAAUUCUACCCAGGAGAUUCAGACUUUGAUAUGAGAAAGGGGUGCAUUCACUACAAAUGCAAUUGCAAUUGUGACGGAAGUUGGAGCUGCCCAGGGGAGAAAGCUAGGGAUGUUUGUAAAGGAGAAGUUCCCGGUGGGUGCAAAAGCUGCAAACUGUCAGAAACAGAAUUCUACAGGGGUGAAUCUGACUUUCAGAUGAGGAGGGACUGUAUUCACUACAGCUGCCACUGCAACUGUGACGGAAGCUGGAACUGUCCCGGAGCAGCUGCGAGAAAUGUCUGCCGUGGUGAGAUUCCCGGUGGAUGCAGAAGUUGCCAAUUAUCGGAUGGGAAAGUAUAUCGAGGGAAAACCAACUUCCGUCAAACAAGUGGUUGUGUUGUUAAGGACUGCAGAUGUUCAUGUAAUGGAACGGUUGAAUGUGAUGAAGAAACUGCUGCUAACGUCUGUACAACUCCAGCUCCAACAAGGCCACGACAGAGGACUGUCCGACCCAGACAAAACAUAGACAACUGUCAGAAGUGUAUUGUGGAGGGUACUGACUAUGAGGCCAACUCCAAUUUCAAACUGAAGAGGGGUUGUUACGUCUACCCAUGUCAGUGCAAUUGUAAUGGUAGAUGGGGCUGUAACAGAGAUGGUGCUACUGAUGUAUGCGCUGGUAAAUCAGCAGCCCAAGGAGGGUCACGCAUAGGGCAAAGCAGCUGUCAGAGAUGUAUUGUGCAGGGCAGAACAUAUCCAGGUGAAACUGACUUCCGUCUCCGGAGAGGCUGCAUCUCGUAUAAGUGUAAAUGUGCCUGUGAUGGGCGCUGGGAAUGUCCUGCUGGCAAAGCAUCAAACUUCUGCCCAGGAUCAAGGGAACCAACUGUUGGGUGUAAGCGGUGUGAAGUGGAUGGGCAAAGCUACUCUGUAGACAGUAACUUUGAUAUGAGACGAGGCUGUGUCCGGUACAAGUGCAAGUGUAGAUGUGAUGGCUCCUAUGGCUGUCACGUCACGCAAGAUAGCGCUUGUACUAUUGGAGAACGCCCUGCUACCUGUGGUAACUGUGAAAUCGGUGGAUUCGUCUACCCAGGCAACAUGGGCUUCGUUAUCAGAGAUGGCUGUAUGCAGAAGGAGUGCAACUGUUACUGCAAUGGGUCAUACAUUUGUCCUGAUGAAAACAGAGUAGACAUUUGUCGGAAUAAACAGGCUUCACGGCUUCUGAGGGAUGGCACAUUCACAAGCACUGGAAAUCUGGGUGAAACGUUUGGAAGUGGAACUCAAGUGUUUAAUCAAGGCGGCCAGCAGUACACUGUAACAAGAAGAAAUCAGUUUAGGGGUGGUCAAACUGGCAAGGUUGGACAAGUCGGCCAAGUUGACCGAUCUGGAAAACAUAUCCGGACUCAUGGAACCCAGUUUCAGAUUCCUGGCGGACCAAUGUUCCCACAAGGAGGAAGGCCCUACGUUUUGAGAGGAAGCAUCCCACUGGGUGGACCUAUUUCUCCCGGUCAGAUCGUCACUCGUGGAGGUCAGCAGUAUGUCCUCAGGGGUAUGAGACAGUUUUUGGUACCAGGUAGAGGUCAGUUUACACCCAUGGGAGCUAUACCAAAUCCAGCACAAAGAAACUUUUAUCAACAGAUUAUAAAUCCUGCAUUACGGGGUCAAGGGAACCCAGGAAUGGGUGCUUCCCUGGGAGGUGCCACUGGUCAGUAUUCACAAGCCCAAUACGGUUUAACAGGGCCACGUCCAGACGCUGCUGGGAGUCUUCAUGGUGGUGUACCCACAUACAAUGUAAGAACAUCUGAUGCCACGGGCGGUUCCAGGACUGUACACACUGCUAGAACCCAUGGCAACCAAGGGGUGCUGGCAGAAUGGCAUAUGGAUCGGCAGUGUUCCAAGUCAAGGCUCCAUACGCCCCUGGUAAACGUACAAGAUGUAGGGCAGGUAGCUGUGAACCCUAGACCAGGUUGCAAUAACUGUUCGGUUGAGAGGCAGAAUCACAGAGGGGGCUCCACAUUUCAAAUCACUAAGGACUGCGUUCAGUUCAAUUGUAGCUGCGAGUGCAGUGGAUCCUGGACAUGUUCAGGGGAAUUCUCCACUGGCUGCAAUUCAACCGAGCCGAGCAGAAAACCCCAAGGAGACGAUGCCGGGACUUGCAAGAGGUGCUCCCUAAAGGGCAGUACAUAUCCUGGUGACAGUACCUUCCAGCUGGUUCAAGACUGCUCAGAAUACACCUGUACAUGCACAUGCUCGGGAAAGUGGUACUGUCCAGUACAGAAGCCAAGAAACAUAUGUGACAGGCCCCGAGGCGAACUGCGACAGAGGACAGCUUCUUGUCAGCUUUGUGACGUCAGAGGGACGGACUAUCCACCUCACUCUGAGUUCUUGUUGAAGGAAGGCUGUGUGCAGUACAAAUGCACAUGCAACUGUGACGGUACCUGGGUUUGUCCACCUGCAAAUUCCGUGAACGUAUGUCAAGAGGACAGAGAGGAGGAAAGAAGAGAACGUGAAGAGGCAGCCAGAAAAGAGAUACACAACCAGGCUUCCCAAAGCUGGGGAAACGUAUUCACCACUAACGUUCCAGUGGGCCAGGGACCCAAGACCAGAUACUCUAACACAAGGAACGGCAUUUCUUACAAACAGACCUCCUGCCAGAGCUGUGUUGUCAAGGGCAAGUCUUACAUCCCUGAAAACGAGUUCAAAUUCCGUGAAGGGUGCACCCAGUACAAGUGUCAGUGCUUCUGCAAUGGUACAUGGGACUGCCCAGCACAGGACACCAUCAACCUCUGUCGCUCCCCUGAUUACAGAAUCGACGGAUGCAAACAAUGUGAAGUAAAGAAUGAAACGUAUCCUGGGGGCAGUCCAUUCCGCUAUAGGGAGGGGUGCUGGGAGUUCAACUGCUUCUGUGGCUGCAAUGGGGAAUGGAGCUGCCCAGCUAACCGUACUACUGACAUGUGCAAGCGCUCAGGGUCAGUGUCCUCCAAAUGUAAACCUUGCAUGAUAGACGGCAAAGUGAUCAGGUCUAAGAGCAACUUCAACAUGAGACGAGGCUGUUCCGAGUUCCUCUGCGAGUGCAACUGUGAUGGGAGCUGGACCUGCCCCAAGGACCGGUCUCUCAACAUCUGUGAAGGAGAAGGAAAAACACCAAGUCCACAUUACAAACUGAAAGGUUGUACUGUCGGCAACCGGACGUUCUUCAGCCGACUGUUCGCGUAUACAGAGAACUGUGUCCGCUACAUGUGCAUCUGCUACGACAGUGGUGCCUGGAAGUGUCCCGCACAGAAGAGCAAGAGAGUGUGCUGAUCGUCACAGAUUAAAGAUGCGAUAAACGUCAUAUAACAUCGGUGCAUCAGGUCGUCAUGCACAAGGGACAUUUCCUCCGUUAAAGCACGGUGAUAUCAUUCUACAACGGCAAUGUAAAAGUUGCAUCUUUGGUUCACUUUUUUGUUUGAACAUCAUUUCCCUGUUGUAAAUAAUUCAACCAAAAUCAUAUCACUUUUACGCCUGUCAUUAAAAUUCGGUUGUUAUCUUUUUUUAACUUCGGAAACACACUUUACUUCGUAACAAAUGACGGUCAAAGUAUUGUUGUCUACACAGGGGCUUGUAACGCUAGAAACUGCCAUCAAGGUAUACACUGUUAUAUAAAAGAAUCCUUUUAUAUAGUAACUACCCCGUUAGUAACAGUAGAUACAUUGGUCGCAGUUUUUAGCGUUACAAGCCCCCGUGGUUGUCUAUACCACCGAACAUGUCAAAUGGCCAUAUAUGUAACAUGAAUAUUUUGUCUGAACAUGGUCAUCUAAACUUUCAUUGUUGCCUUCAGCCAAAAGACGGGUGCUCUCGACAAACUGAUCCCUAAGAGAUUGAAUGAAGGGUGCUUAAAAUCACUACAAAAACAAUAGAAUAUUCUAUCAAUUUUUCUUCUGCCUAAGCAUGGGGUAUAAAUAUCUGUGUUAUUUUGUUAUUCUGUCGUAUUCUUGAAUAUGUUAUAGUUGUACACUCUAUAUCCAAAAUAGCCGUCGCCCUUAUUUUCAAAUGUUAUAUAUAGCUGCGUGGUCCUGGUGAGAAUAGACACAAAAUGCAAUAUUUCCCUGCUUACGUGCCGACUAAUAGAUCAUCCUGGUGGUGGUGUUUCCAAAAAGUUAUGCCCUGUUUUGGUCUCUAACGGAAAUACCAGACAAGUCCAAUGAUUAGCCACCCAACGUUGUACAAAACCUAUUUUAAUUCAAAGGCUUGAAUAUCAAUUUAUCCAAAAUUUAUUAACAAAUUGAUUUCAUAAAGAAAACUGGAAAUCAUUUGCGUCUAUCGAUGUACAUUUGUAUAUAUUAGUAUACUCGACACACGCACCGGCGUAUAUCAAUUUAUAUAUGUGGUGGGAUAGUAGGGACAGUAUAUUUUGUUGACCUUGGAUCUGUAUAAGUUCAUACGUCCAGGAUGAACCUUUGUCAUCUAUAAGCGUAACGUGCCCUCUGCAUAUGGAACAGUGUUCUCUCCCUAAGGACGAAUGAUGGGAUAUUAUCUGGGCAAAAUGUCUAUGAGGGAUAGACUUAAGGGUAUUUAAUCAGCCAUCAAACUGUUCAACUGCUCCAUGGUGGUACUUCUGUUGGAAGCGGGUCAGUGACGUCCCUCCACGCAGUAUACAUCGACAACAUACACAUCGCUCUGUUGUAAAUGAAAGAACAUCCAGUGAUUACCUAUUGCAUUUAACGAACGUGGGGUACACACAAUACACACGUCUGUGAAGUUAUCGUCUGCAAAUCAUUUAUGGGGAUACAUGCCAAUGUAUGGGUGCACAGCGAGUGAUCAGAUGCCGACACGAAACUUCAGCUGUGCCUUAACACACGGCUAAAGAAAUAUAAGAGUGUGAUUACAGUAAAGGUUGCGUUUGAAUGUGAAAUAAUUAAUGUUUACAUUUCUGCAUGCUCUACAAAUGUCAUAUCAACGAGUUUUUUAUGUUUGUAACGUCUUGGAUAUUGUUGAUUUUAUAAUAAAUUACCAACCAUUUCUUCCAA